GAACCGAUAUUCGCACGGUGUACUGUGCUGAAUUCAAAUUUGAACCGCGCUCGAAUCGAAGAAGAGUACUUUUGUCUUGUCUCAUUUUCUGGUUUGCUGGAUAAACCAAAGUUUUAUUAAACGCAUUCCCCAAGAUGACUCUAGUCCAACCGAGCCCCGAACUCCAAAUCACCAUCAGAAGGGAGCUGAACGAAGACAUCAACACCAGAGAAUCCGACCUCGAACACAUCAAGGAAUGGCUCAGAAAACAGCCGCAUUUACCCAACACCUGGGACGAAUCCCGCCUCAUGACGUUCCUGCGCGGCUGCAAGUUUUCCCUGGAAAAGUGCAAAAGGAAACUCGACAUGUACUUCACCAUGCGCACCGCCUGUCCCGAGCUCUUCGCCAAUCGGGACAUCACCAAUCCCGAAAUGAAAUUGGUCGUUGACAUCGGGCAUAUUCCACCUUUGCCUGGAUUGACUCCGAACGGUCGAAGAGUGGUGGUGUUAAGAUCGAAGAAAGUAGAUGUGGAUUCCUACAAUAUAGCCGAUGUGAUGAAAGCCGUUCUCAUGAUCGGCGAUGUUCGCCUGGAGGCCGAGGAAAUCGGCGUCGCCGGUGACGUGUACAUCCUGGACGCCUCCGUCGCGACGGCGACGCACUUCUCCAAAGUCAACCCGAACAUGAUCCGGAAAUUCCUGAUCAUAGUGCAGGAAGCCUAUCCGGUGAAGCUGAAGGAAGUCCACGUGGUGAACGUGUCGCCGCUGGUGGACAAAAUCAUCACGUGGAUAAAACCGUUCCUGAAGGAGAAAAUCAGGGAGCGCAUCCACGUGCACUCGAACAUCGCCACUUUGUACGAUUUCAUACCGAAGGACGUCCUGCCGGAGGAAUACGGAGGCACCGCCGGGAAGCUUCAAACGUUCCACGAUCAAUGGAUGGAGAAGCUGAAAGAGUACACGCCUUGGUUCAAGCAGCAGGAAAGCCUGAAAGCCGACGAAUCCAGGCGGCCUGGGAAGCCGAAAAACUACGAAGAUCUCUUCGGUUUGGACGGGAGUUUUAGGCAAUUAAGCAUCGAUUAAUUAGGAGAUGGGCAACAAAUUGACCUUUAUGGGAAUUGAUGCGAAAAGGAUAUUCAGUAUUAUACACUCAUUGAAUAAUUGUUAUCACAAGAAAUCUGUAACUAUAACAUACUUGUGAUAUUGUGUUCUCUUGUAGCGAUAAGAUUAUCGUAAAUUCUUUUAUAAUACUGUGUUUGUUUUAACGUGGGUUUUCUUCAAAUAACGUUGUCUUAAUUUUGUAUUUUUUUAGUUGUAAUAAAUCGAACAAAUAAC